AUAAUCACAUAACAAAAUCACCAGACUUUUCAAAAUUCCCAAAUCUUGAAAAGUUGAUAUUGAAAGGUUGUGAACACUUGGAUAGGAUUCACUCAUCCAUCGGGCAUCUUGAAAGACUUUCUUUGGUAAAUCUUGAAGACUGCAUCAAUCUAGAGGGUCUCCCACUGAAUUUCUAUAAAUCCAAGUCUAUUGAAACUCUUAUACUGAAUGGUUGUUCAAGAUUUCAAAACUUGGCCGAUGGCUUAGGGGACAUGGUAUCAUUGACAAUUUUGGAAGCAGAUAAGACAGACAUCAGACAAAUUCCAUCUUCCAUAGUAAAAUUGAAGAAGUUGAGAAUUUUAUCUCUAUCUGGCUGCCAGAGGUUAACUAAGGAUGCAAUCCCAAGUCUCGCUGGUCUUUCAAAGCUCAAAGUCUUGUGUGUAAAUGCAUGCAAAAACCUUCGUGCAAUCCCAGAUUUACCAACCAAUUUGUAUGUUCUGAAAGCAAAUGUCUGCCCAAAAUUGGAAACAAUUCCAGAUUUUUCAAAAAUGUCGAACAUGAGAGAACUGUAUCUAAGUGAUUCGUUCAAACUCACUGAGGUUCCAGGCUUGGAUAAGUCAUUAAACUCCAUGACAAGGAUUCAUAUGGAAGGCUGCGUCAAUCUGACUGCGGAUUUUAGGAACAACAUCCUACAGAGAUGGACUUCUUGCGGAUUUGGUGGAAUUCAUUUGAAUGGAAUUUAUGAUAUUCCUGAGUGGUUCAAAAUCGUCAAUGAUGUGGACAAUAUCGUCUUCUUUGAAGUUCCUCAAAGAAUCAUGGGUCGUGAUUUAAAAGGGUUGACUAUAUGCUUCAUUUACUCUUAUUUUGUUUUUGGCCCAAAACUUGAAGAUUCUGAAGGUCCUAUUGGCAUAAUCGUUAGAAAUCUUACCAAACAAACUACUUUGCACGCCAAGAUAGCGUUUGCCAGAUACGGAAGACCAGAACCCCAUUCGUUUUUGUCAAACGAACCUGAAGACGAUUAUCUUUGGCAGGGACAAUUGUCAAACGAUGUGCUCUGUUUGCAAGCCGGGGACCAAGUCUCCAUUCUUGUAAGGCCUCUAAUUGAUUUUGUGAUAGUGAAGAAGACAGGGGUUCAUCUAGAAUGGGACAAAGUCAUGAAGGAAAAUAUGGAUAAUCUGGAUCCUCAUUUGUAUGAUUUGGAAACAAAUCGGGAUUUUUCAGGGGGAGUUGAUGACAAGUUGGAUCCUCAUUUGUAUGAUUUGGAAACAAAUCGGGAUUUUUUGGCAGUGAAACCAUAUCUGGAUUUUUUGGGGGGAAUUGAUGAUGAGGCAAGACCAAGCCAUUGCGCAUCUGUUCCCGGUGAUCAAGUGAGUGCUAUAGAUGAAGAAUCAGCAAUGGAAGACGAUCCUCUCGGCCAUGGCGAUCUAUGUACUCGUUUGUCAUUGUCUAUCAUGGAAAAUCUGGAUUUUUCUGGAGGAGCUGAUGAUGGGGCAGGACGGAGCCAUGGCGCAUUUGUCCGCACUAAUCAAUCGGGUGUUGUAGAUAAACAAUUAGAAUGGGACAAAGUCAUGAAGGAAAAUAUGGAUAAUUCGGAUCCUCAUUUGUAUGAUUUGGAAACAAAUCGGGAUUUUUUGUCAUUGUCUAUCAUGUAAAAUCUGGAUUUUUCUGGAGGAGCUGAUUAGAGUCGGACGAAGUCAUGAAGGAAAAUAUGGAUGAUCCGGAUCCUCAUUUGUAUGAUUUGGAAACAAAUCGGGAUUUUUCAGGGGAGUUGAUGACGCAUUUGUUCCCAAUCAAACAAUUGUUAUACAUGCAUUUGUUCGGACUAAUCAAUUGAGUAAUGUGAAUGAACAAUUAGCAUUGGAGGAAGAAGAA